AUGGUCAGUGUUAGUUUUCUUCACUUGCCCCUCGAUACGAAAUGCCUCUACCCACACGCCCAACGCCGACACCCAAGCUGGAUUACAAGGUCGCGUUUUGCUGACAUCAUGGAACAGGAUCUGCGCGUCGGCAAUAAGUACCGCAUCGGCCGCAAAAUCGGAAGUGGUAGCUUCGGUGACAUCUAUCUCGGCACCAACAUCAUCUCCGGUGAAGAGAUUGCUAUUAAGCUCGAGAGUGUCAAGGCCAAGCACCCCCAGCUGGAAUAUGAAGCCCGUGUUUACAAGUCCCUCGCCGGUGGUGUCGGUAUUCCGUUCGUGCGCUGGUUCGGUACUGAAUGUGACUACAAUGCCAUGGUUAUCGACCUCCUGGGUCCCAGCUUGGAGGACCUCUUCAACUUCUGCAACCGCAAGUUCUCACUCAAGACCGUUCUCUUGCUGGCCGACCAGCUCAUUUCGCGGAUUGAGUACAUCCACGCCAAGUCGUUCAUCCACCGUGACAUCAAGCCCGACAACUUCCUGAUGGGUAUUGGCAAGCGUGGCAACCAGGUCAACGUGAUCGAUUUCGGUCUGGCAAAGAAAUACCGUGACCCCAAGACCCACUUCCACAUCCCUUACCGUGAGAACAAAAACCUCACGGGAACUGCUCGGUAUGCCAGUAUCAACACUCACCUUGGUGUUGAGCAAUCUCGCCGUGAUGACAUGGAGUCUCUCGGAUAUGUUAUGCUCUACUUCUGCCGCGGCUCUCUACCCUGGCAGGGUUUGAAGGCUGCUACGAAAAAGCAGAAGUACGACCGUAUCAUGGAAAAGAAGAUGACCACCCCCACUGAAGUUCUGUGCCGUGGUUUCCCCAAUGAGUUCGCCAUAUAUCUCAACUACACCCGUUCGCUGCGCUUUGAUGACAAGCCCGACUACUCCUACCUGCGCAAGAUUUUCCGUGACCUCUUUGUCCGCGAAUCCUUCCAGUACGACUACGUCUUCGAUUGGACCGUCUACAAGUACCAGAAGAACGCUGCCAUGAUUGUGGAUGCCAACAAGAAAGACAAGGAUGUGGAUGACCAGCAGCGCCGUCAAGGAGUGGCCGCUGGUGCCAUGGGCCCCAGCGGAGCUGCCAAGCCUGGCGCUAUCUCUGGCCAGCGUCGUAAGGUCAUCGACCGCGGCACCCUCGACAACACUCCGGACACCAACCGUGCCGUGGGAGGGAGUGACAGGAUUCUUCGGCGUUAG